CUAGACAGGAGGUAUGACAAUUUAAUAGAAAAACGUUGAGCGCCUGUCACGACUAGUGGCCGUGGAGACUCACUCUGGUCCAAGGCGCUGACAGCUGCAGGCAAAAAGCUGAGUGUGGACCCGGCGUCGAUUCACGUACAUGGGGUCCAACUCAGCGGCGGGCGCCUCAUAAACAAGGAUGAUGCGUCGAGCAUGACUCUACAAGAGCAUGCAGCUUGCGGAUAAGGAUAAAUGCAGCUUGCGGAUAAGGAGGCCGCGGUGAUUGUGGAGGUGAGUGAAGCCGCACAGUCCACGAGCAACGCCAAAACCGCUGCGCUGGAGAAGCAGGUGCGAGAGCUGCGAAAGGAGCUGGCGAACGUGAAGGAGGCUGCGGUUCGGCCCCAGCAACUGCAACGCAAAAUGGCUCUCCUGCGCCUGCUCGACGCCGCGCGGUCGGCGCUGGCUGGGCACACGCUCAGCGACGCGGAGCGAGGCCAGCCGUGGAACGACGUACUGGGCGCGAUCCAGGACUUCAAGGGCCUUUCCAAGGAGGCGGCCAUGCUGACCAAAUUCGGGUCGGGCACGCAGCAGUGGCUUAGCAGCCAAGCCGCGCACAACUUUGACGAGGUCACUAUCGCGGAGGCCGUAACCGCGGUCACCAAGAAUCGCCACCUGUACGGCGCUCUCUUCACGUUCGUGUACAAGAAGGACGCGGGAGAGCUGAUGUUCUCCGUGCUGCAGGAUGACGAUUAGUGGUGCAGCACGUAGCUGCGAAGCUGCCGCUGAUGGUGCCGCUGGCGUGAUGCCGCUGGUGCACGUGCCACUGUAGAGGAAGUGGGGACGGGUCAGGCGACAGAUGCGAAUGAGGCGCUCUGGUCCACAAUUGGCGUUUGAUCCAUAGUGGUGGCGGUCAGGGCAAGGAGGAGGAAGCGUCACAGUGCAUGCGUUUUUGUUGAGCGUGUAGCUUUGGGCGCAGCGGACCAUAGUUGGCACCCUGGGUAUGAAAGCGUGGACGGGUAAGCGAGUGGCACAACAGCUGGCUCACUGGAGCCCAUACACGGGCGCAUUGCCUUAACAUACUCAUAGCCCUUUGUUGUCAGGCAACGUAGCUAGGAGUUUGAGGGUCUAACCGGCAGUCACUUGUACAGAGAGACAUGAGGAUGUAUGUACUGCUGGAGUAGGCGGUGUCUCAUUUUCAAUGGACAUGCAUACGGGGAGUGUGGCACAUUGUACGGUACACCUAUAAGCGGUGUGAACGUUACCGAAAUGCUCGGACAAACGUUUUGUCGUACAGUCCUCAGAAUACAGGGAUCCGCCUAAGGCCUGUCCAUGCGGUGUUGCCAUGUCGGGUGGUGGGCAGUGUUGGGUGCGCCGGCAUUUGUUCUGGGACUGCUGUGUUGCUAGGAACCUCCGUGAGGCUAUGGGUGCGGGUAUGGGGGUUGCGGAGGGGCCUCACAGUGUUGCGUUUUCACGGUCCCAGCUGUGGCUUUUUUUGCCCCCACGUGGGAUUCAGCCCGUCGUUUGGGAUGUUGUGGCUUUGGCUGCUCUGGCGGCACUGGAGAGAGGUCGCCAGUACUUGUAUCGUGACUGGGAUUCAGAUACACCUGUUUCCCCUGGUCGUCUGCGACACAUCAGCGCCGAGGUGGUUGUUGAUUUCUGGGCUAGGAUAUCCUCGUUCGCCAGUUUAGGUAUCAUCCCCCGGGGCUGGGCCUCGGUCCCGUCGGACCACCCGUUCCUUGCCCGUCAGGGUGGCCGUGUUGUGUUUUAUGGGCCGCCUUAUGGGCCGCCUUUAUGGGCCGCCACCAUUCCGGUUCUCCCCCUAGUUCUCCAUGAUUGUGACCCUGGUUGGUCUACUUCUGGCCUAGGGGCCUAGUUUGGCUUUUCCUCGGUCUGCGGCCAUGUGUGUUUGGUGUUGGUGACACAUGGUCUGUCACUUAGACAUCGGCUCCCUCCUCAGUGCGGGAUGUCCCCCUUCGGAUAUGUUCCCUUCAGUUCAUUCGUGGGCCCUGUGGCUCUCUGUACUAGGUACUUCGGCUGUCCGUGCUUGGUGUAGGUGGUUUGCGGCCUUUCUAUCGGGCCUGGUGUGCCCCCUGGGGUAGGGCGGUCAACGCUCUGUUGGAAUGUACGUCUAACGAUUGGCCAGUACGGAUUCCUUACUGGUUGGUCCUCCAGUGUA